CAUCCUGUUGGGCGACAUACAUGCUGUCCCAACACAAUUGCUCGCCGCACCUGACCACAGACCACCGUGAUGCUAAGAGACGGACAUUAAUGUAAAUGGCUGGCAAGGACGGGCUUGUUUUGUGGUAUCAUAUUUAAUAAAGUAUAGUUUGAGCUAAAUUCACAAAAAAUCUAAUUAGGCUUGACCUUAUUUCUAGCCAUCUAUAUAAGAGGAAAUACGGUAAUCCUGUCUUCCUCUGACUUUCUGCUUCCUGUAAACCAUGGCCGAUGCCGUAAUGUCAGAGGAACAGAAAUUUUCUUUGAAAGAAGUGCUUGACACUUUUCAGUCAUGUCUCACAGAAAAUAAGGAGGUGAAAAUCGAUCAAUAUGUGGCUGGAUGGCGCGGACUUGUGAGGUUUAUGAACAGCCUGGGGAGCGUCUUUUCCUUCAUAUCCAAGGACGCGGUCAGCAAGAUCCAGAUCAUGGUGAACCACCGCAAUGGGGAAAACGGAGCCCAGUACACCACCAUCCAGUCCAUGGUGAAGUACGAGCUCGACAACGGCCUCGUGGACCUCACCAAGCGGGGCAGUUUCCCGGAGUCGGGCUGCCGAACGCUGUUGAGACUGCACCGGGCCCUGCGCUGGCUGGAGCUCUUCCUGGAGCGCCUGCGCACCAGCACGGAAGAUGGCAAGACCUCUGUCAUGUGCUCGGAGGCCUACAACGAGUCUCUCGCCCAGUUCCACCCCUGGAUCAUCCGCAAGGCCUCCGGCGUGGCCUUCUGCGCCCUUCCCGGGCGCCCCACUUUCUUUGAGGUCAUGAACGUGGGCCCCCCGGAGCAGGUUGUAGCCAUGUUGGGAGAUGCUUUGCCCCUCAUCUCUGAGGUGUACCAGUUGACACAGGACCUGUAUUCCCAACACAAUCUUCUAGAUAUACCGUAGAGGUGUGACUGUAAAUUACAUAUGCAUGUAUCAGCUUUAUCUUUCAGAAUACAUUUUAAUCCUACUGAUGUAGGCCACACCACGUUAAAUGUGGUGUGUGUACAGAUUAUAUCAUAAACCUUGUGUAAUUUUAUUGUUGUUUUCUAUGAAGUCAUUCUCACUGGACUUAGGUACCUAGUUAACAUGAGUCACUAGCCAGCCUAUGAUGACUGAUUGUUUUGUUUUGCUGCUGGACCAAGAAGGCUGUAGAUGCAGAUGAUGGUCUUUUACUGAAAGCCUCUGGUGCAGACUGAAAUUAAGUGCAGUGUAUGUUGCCCUUAGCUUUCAGUUACACAUUUAAGGAAAUGUUUCUUUUGAUUUUCGUGCAUUUAUUUCAGUGACCACCUACACUAUGACCAAAAGUAUAUGGACACACUUGGUCUUCGGCUGUUUUUCAUGGUUUGGAAUAGGCCCCUUGGUUCCAGUGAUGGCAAAUCUUAAUGCAAUGCCAUUAUAGGCGAUUUGGUGCUUGCAAUUCAGAUUGAACUGCAAGCCAGGCCUAAUUAUAGCAGCAAAGGGUGGACCAACUCCAUAUUAAUGCCCAUAAUUUUGAAUGAGAUGUUGGAUGUCAGGAAUCCACAUACUUUUGGCCAUGUAGUGUAGCUCUUACUUUUAUGUCAGAAAGGGGAAAAUGAAAGGUUAAGGUCAAACGGUGUCAGGACCUUAGUCUUUCUACAAUUAUAUUUUUUAAAUUACAAUUAUCAGUUUAUUUGGGGUUUAAUUACAAACCGGGGGCAUAUUUGUCUAUUGUACCUUUAGUCUGUCAUCUUUUCCAUUUGUCAGUUUUUUUUUUUUUUU